AUGCUGCCUGAAUAUUAUCCCAUAGAUGGCUCAGAGGGCUAUCCUCGCACGACGCCCAUGAAGGUGAUUGUUUGCGGCUUUCCCCGGACCGGCACCAUGAGCACGCACGCUGCCCUCCAGAUGCUGGAGUUGAACCGCACACACCACAUGAUACACGUUAUUACCGACUACGAGGGCCGCGAGAUGCAGGAGUGGACGCGCGCCCUCCGCGCAAAGUACCGCGGCGACGGCACGUUUACGAAGCUCGACUGGGACCGGCUUCUCGGCGACUGUCAGGGCUGUAUCGACUACCCGUCGGCGCUCUUCGCGGCGGACUUGGCGCAACUAUACCCCGAGGCCAAGGUUGUCAUGCUGAACCGCGACCCGGACAAGUGGCACGAGAGCAUGUGCGAGACAGUGGCCGCAAUCGGCGCCCAUGUGAGUCUGGCGCGCAAGCUGCAGCAGCUGUACUGUUAUCUGUUCAACGGCGGGACGCGUAGCAGGGCCUCGUUUUGGCGCGAGAUCAACCACGCCGAGGGGGGCUACGACCUUGUCACAGAGAAGGACAAGGCGAUUGCGUUUAUGAAGCAAAAGUAUGACGAGUGUCGCAAUGUCGUGGAUGAAGAGAGACGGAUUGAGUGGAAGGUUCAGGAUGGAUGGGAGCCGCUGUGUAAGCACCUGGGCGUCGAGGUGCCGGUGGUUGAGGAUCCCAAGACGGGGAAGAUGGUGAAGGCGCCAUUUCCGAGGAUUAAUGACCGGAAAACGUUUAAGCAGAAUGUGGAGUUGAGAAUGGCGCUCGUGGUAGCGGAGACAAACAACAUCGUCUUUAGUUUGUUGGGCAGGGGGGUGACGCUCGCGGCGGUGGGAUACGGCGCGUACACGAUGUGGAGGCUCGUGGCUGCGAGGGGUUAA